CCCCUCCCCCUAUGACUGUAGUCUACUGUUAACGGAACAAUAGUGUUUCAUGUUUGCUAUGGUUGGAUCAUAUCUUUCAGCCUGGAAAACUAUAUGAGCUGAAGCUCCACGGAUAUAUUCACAUACUGCACAGUGACAGACGUGGACGGACUUUGAAAUAACUCAAGUAUGUCUCGAGAGCAGAAAGCAGUGGAGCUUGCCAGAAAGGCCUUCCUCACAGGCCGGACCAGAUCGCUGGACUACCGCAUCAGCCAGCUAAAGAACCUACAGCGCUUUAUCAAUGAAAGGCAGAAGGAAAUCGCAGACGGGCUCAAAAAGGAUCUCAGUAAGAGUGAGUUUGGAACACCUUUGUAUGAGACUAUGGGUCUGGAGAGUGAGAUUAACCAGGCCGUCAGCAAGCUGAAAGAAUGGGCAGCUCCUCGACCCGUGACCAAGAACCUUCUGACCAUCUCAGACCAGGUGUACAUCCAGCCCGAGCCUUUGGGGGUGGUGCUGGUCAUCGGAGCCUGGAAUUACCCUUGGGCUGUUACCAUCCAGCCCUUAAUAGGGGCUAUAGCAGCAGGUAACGCAGCCGUGAUCAAGCCAUCUGAAGUGAGUGCGCACACUGCCAAAGUAAUGGAGGAUCUUUUACCUCUCUACCUCGACAAAGAGAUGUAUCCUGUUGUCACUGGUGGUGUCGCGGAGACCCAAGAGUUGCUCAAGCAGCGUUUUGAUCAUAUCUUCUACACUGGAAAUGGUAUGGUGGCUAAAAUCAUCAUGGUGGCAGCGGCUCAAUAUUUAACCCCUGUCACUCUGGAGCUGGGAGGAAAGAGCCCGUGCUACAUCGACAACAACUGUGACCUCGCUGUUGCCUGCCGGCGUAUAGCAUGGGGCAAGUAUACAAACUGUGGUCAGACCUGCAUUGCUCCAGACUACAUACUCUGCGACCCCAGUAUCCAAGACAGAGUGAUAGAAGAGAUCGAGAAGAAUAUUAAGGACUUCUAUACAGAAAAUCCCAAAACAUGCCCAGAUUAUGGACGCAUCAUCAAUCAGCGUCACUUCAAGAGAGUGAUGGCAAUGCUAGAGGACGGCACUGUAGCGGUGGGGGGAGAAAACGACGAGUCAGACUGCUACAUUGCCCCAACUAUUUUAAGAGACGUGAAGCCGGAUGCAAAGGUCAUGCAGGAGGAGAUCUUUGGGCCUCUAUUGCCCAUCCUGUCAGUGAGGAGUGCAGAUGAAGCCAUCAAAUUUAUCAAUGAAAGAGAAAAACCCCUUGCACUGUACAUCUUCUCUGAAAACAACAAGCUGAUUAAGCGUAUGAUUGCAGAGACCUCUAGUGGCGGAGUGUUGGCCAAUGACUGUUUGAUCCACUUCUCAGUCAACACUUUGCCCUUUGGUGGAGUUGGUAACAGUGGGAUGGGCUGCUAUCACGGCCAGUUCAGUUUUGAUCGGUUGAGUCACCUGCGAGGCUGUCUUAUCAAACAGCUGAAGAUGGAAGGGGUGAAUAAGAUGCGUUACCCACCACAUACAGCAGAAAAGCUGGGCUGGGCGCGCUUUUUAAUUCUCAAACAGGUUGACUUGGGCAGUCUGGGCCGCAUGGCCCUGCUGGCUCUGCUGGCAAUCUUUAUUGCUGUGAUAUUACAGAAAUACUUUACUGACUAGGAAUGUGAACUAAUAUGAUGAAAGUUCAUCUUCACCAUAAAGAAGUUGGUUGAAUGAGAGGAUUUCUAGAAGUGCUGCUUCACUCCUUUGCCUUAUAAUGUCAUAAGCCCCGAAACAGGCCAUGAUUUAUUUCAACUGUUAAAAUGUUGCAUUUUUUCAGAAGUAAUUUAAACUAACAUGACAUUUCAAUGACUGGAAUAUUUGCAAUAUAGCACUUUAAUCAGUGUUUUUUUUAAUAUACACUAUUUUAAUGUUGCUAAAAGACCUUUGCUGUCACAUCCAACAUGUUUGGGUUUUUAAAUGAAGGAAGAGUCAGAAUACACUAGAUUUUGUGUUUGUUUGUUUUUUAGCAAUAUAAACGUCAUACUGUAGCUAUUUUGAAUACAAGUCCAGCAUUUUGAUGAAAUGCACAUUUCAAACAGUCUAAAUGUGGGGGUUUUGUACAGUAUACCAGGCAACGUUACACAUUUUGUUCUGCAGUUCGACUGAUCUGUUAUACCUCUUAGAAAUUAUGGAUAUAUGGUCCAGUCUGUCAUUAUGAAGAACGUAAGAUUUUAUUAUUUUUUAAAAUAUAAAAUGCACAUUUAUCAUCAUCUUACAUAAGCAGACCAACUAGAUGUAAAUUGUGGAUUGCUUAUAGAGACAUUCUCUAUCUGAAGGAUUUCUAUUAAACCGAACAUCUGUCUUAUAGUAAUGCUACUGAUUUAAAGAGUUUUAUCACACACAGAAACAAUUUUGAACAGAAUAAUAAACAUGUUU